ACUUGAUCUCUUUCUUAAACUAUCAUUUGCUCUAACCCUCCAUCAACCUUGUGAGAACUACAACUGAGUUAUUUAGAAGAAACAUGGAAUGGCAACUCAAGCAGGCUUUGUUGAAAACGGUGGCGGUGUGGCUGCCAUUUUUUUGUAAGACAGUGUCAAAACCGUUUUUACAUGUUCCACGAAACUGAUAUGCGUACUGUUGGUUGUGAUCAUCUCGGGUUUUGUUUUUUGUGUUAUAAAAAAUUUGAGCUGGAUUAUCUCAUUGAUGGGGCACCCCCGGCACCCAGGCUCCCUUCGUCGGCACCUCAGUCCCCUAUGUACGAAGAUCUUGAACUCGGUUGGUCCUUUGAAUCCGUUGAUGAAAACGGUGGCGGUGUGGCUGUCGGUUGUUUUGUAAGACAGUGUCAAAACUGCUUUUACAUGUUCCAUGGAACUGAUAUGCGUACUGUUGGUUGUGUUCAUCUGGGGUUUUGUAUUUUGUGUUAUCAAAAAUUUGAGCUGGAUUAUAUCAUUGAUAGGGCACCCCCGACACCCAUGCUCCCUUCGUCGGUACCUCUGUCCCCUAUGUACAAAGAUCCUGAACUCGGGCGGUCCUUUGAAUCCGUUGGUGAUGCUUCAGGUAACGCCCCAGGGACGCCCCCCACUGAUCUAACUGACCAUGUUGCGCUCAGGUAUUCCGCGCGGACGGUCUGUUUGAACAAGCGUUACUUCAACGCGGAUUUUGUUGUCGGCUUGGAUUUCGGUUGGCUUGCUAAAUAGUUUUGACCAGAUGUAAAUUUUAGUUUGGGGGAUGGGUUUGCCUAUGUUCAGGGGUGGAUCGUGCUGAAUGUGACUAAUGUACCCCUAUUUUGUGUUUGGCCCCC